AUGAAAGUCAAGAAGUGGCUUCAGAGCCAACGGAAUGAAGAAAGGACCAGUCUCCAAAAUCCGAGAACGGCCCGCGUCACCUUCCUCGAUCUGCCGGGCGAGAUCCGCAACCAGAUCUACGCCUACAGCAUCUACGCAGACUUAUCGUCCCUUUUCGUAGCAAACUGUACCAAGCCCGAACAUUUUGGCGCAACGGUACUACACCCCCCUCUCUUUCGCACAUGCCGCCAGAUCCGCGCUGAAGCAUUCUCCUACCUAUGCGCAACGUGUCAGCUUGGGUUUCUUGGCAUACGCAGUGCUGUCCUUUUUUUCUCUCUGGUGGGAGAGGCAGUGUCAGAGAUCAAGUCGCUUGCUGUGACACGACCUGUGGUAUACGACCGAGAGUACAAGGAGAGAAAGGAUAUAGUGGAGCAGUUUUUUAGCACGCUUGACACUAUGAGCGGGCUGUCGAAGAUCCGAUUUGAGGGAUUGGCAGAUUGGAUAAAGCCCGAUAAAAAAGGCGCCAAGUUGGAUUUUCACAUGAGACUUGAGAAACUACGGGAGAGGCACGUGGUUGUGCAGAUCAAGUGA